AUUUCAUCUCACCAAACUCUCACUCUCCCUACCUACCUACCCAACCCGUCCACAACCACUCACUCUUCACUCUCACUCUCGCCCUCGUCCCCAUGGGCAUCCAUCACAAUGCCCCUCCUCAGGCUGCUUCUUACACGCGCCUCUCUGUCGAGAGCACAAUCCCUGCCUUCCCUAAGAUCAUGCACGCCGGGCGUUUUCCUUCAGAAACCUCUUCAGUUCCGACAGCAAUGUAGUCCGAGACGGCCCUUCGCCUCUGCCGCCCCGAGUCCCGGACCUCGGACUGCGUCAAAACCCACCGGCGCCGGAGGCUCUGCCCGGCCCGGAAGUGACCAGCUGCCCGAGAGACUCCUCAUCUACCACGCCGGCACCGGCCGGACAGCAUUCCUGGCCUUCUGGAAGAUCACGAGCGUCUUUUCGUGUGCCUUUUUUUGCCUCGUCGCCGCGCCUAGCUACAUCCGCGCUGAGGACAAGACGCUCACUGAAGCUGCAGGGCUGGCCGCCUGCGGCAUCAUCCCCCUCCUCUUCGUCGCCUACACCUCGGCCCCCUUCGUGACCUACAUUUACCUCCGCCUGCCCCCGUACGCGCGGCAGUCGCGCGCCCUCCUCGAGCGUUACGUCCGCACCCUUCCGCCCACGGCCCAGCUUGAGCUCGGCACCAUGGGCCUCGCCACCCGGCCCAGGACGACCCUCGUCUCCGCCGCCGACCUCCGCCCCGUCUCGCCGCAGGCGGCUGGCGGGGGCCUUGCGACGCGCCUCGGCCUCGUCACGCACGUCCGCGACGUCUCGGCUCUCAUGGCGAAGCGCAAGUGGCACCACUACCGCCCGGUGAGCCGGUUCGGCAUCCGCGAGGAUGUCGCCUCCGGUGGUGGCGCUAAGAGCGGCGGCAAGAGCGCUAGGUACGGCGCCAAGGAUGGCUGGGUCUGGACCAUUGUCCGCGAGUCGCUGGGUAAGCGCAAGUAAGUUGUCCUGGCUCGAGACCCGGCCGGGGUGCCCUGCCAGAGCGGCAAUGUGUAUGAUUCAUAUAGAAAAGGGAUGGAUUGUAGGAUUUGUGUAUAUUGGGUGUACUUGACAUAACUACAGUGUCCGGCCCAGAGAAAAGAGGGGGACGUGAAGACAACAGCUCCGUGUAUGUUUUCAGAGACCGCCGCCACACCUCCUUCCAAAGAGACAAUCUAGUGUACUAGUCAUUGUACUUUUACUUUGCCACGGCCCAAAGAUUUCACGGAAGACCGCCCCCUCAGGAGGGAACCUAACUAUAAUUUACUUUACACUUGUUAAAUUAAAAACAAAAACACAUGAC